UAUCUUACACCCCUUUUUAACCAAUGACUCCACCAAGCUACUAAUUAAUUCCCUGGUUAUCUCUCACCUCGACUAUUUCAACUGCCUCCUUUCAAUUACGAAUGAAGCUACCAGAUGCAUCCAUCUUACCAACCGUUCAUUGUCCCCCUCCCAUCUUUGCCAAUCCCUCCACUGGCCUCCACUCAGUGUCCUCCACCCCUCUCUGCCAAUCCCUUCACUGGCCUCCACUCAGUGCCCUCCACCCCUCUCUGCCAAUCCCUCCACUGGCCUCCACUCAGUGUCCUCCACCCCUCUCUGCCAAUCCCUCCACUGGCUUCCACUCAUUGUCCUCCACCCCUCUCUGCCAAUCCCUCCACUGGUUGGCGAUUGCGCAAUGAAUUGAAUUCAAAAUACCGACAACUUACAAAGCCAUCCAAGCUACAUCACCAACCUUAUCCUAAAAUAUCACCAAUUCACUCCACUCUUCCCAAGACUCUCCAGCUCCCCUGUCGCCUCCUUUCAUGCUGAUCCCCAGGACUCCUUCAGAGCUUCUCCCAUCCUC